AUGGACUUUUUCAGCAGUUCCUACGAGACUCUCAACGCUACAGAAGAGUUUCCCUUCUUUGGUCAAAUCGCCCAUCGCGAACCAGAUAGCAUGGAGAAGCUGGUUGCGUCGGUAAAGUGGAAGGCAAAGCGCCACGGGGCAGAUCACCAACCCGCUGGUAAGAUCGCGAUUCUCUCCAUAACAGCUGCGCUAAAGGAAGCUACACACCGAAAAAAGUGGAGAAGAUCAGUAGCAGGGUAG